AUGAAACGAUGUACGGCAGUUCGGCUCCUUCGGCAGCCUCUGGGUAGCGCACCGACGCAGUUCUGUCAAUGCCGCCAAAAGUCGGAGGGGGUUCCGGAAAGACCAUCGCCGUUUUUCAGAAGGCAAGAGUUCGCUCGCAAGACCGAGAAGGGCCUUGAGGGAUACGACAAAAAGCUCAAGGUCGAUUCCAUCAACAAGACAGUCGGAACAUCGGUGGGCGACCUGCCCAUCUCGCCGGUAAUGGACCCCCGGUGGAUGGAGGCUCGGACGAGGUAUAGGACUCCGAAGCCCAGGCGGCCCAAGGACGUGUUACCCGCAGGACGGUUUCGCAGGAAACUUGAGGCGAAUCCAUAUGGUUAUGAGUCGGGCGGCGACGUGACGGUGCUGGAGGACUUUGCCACGUAUGACGUCCCAAAGGCCAAGUACGAGAGGAAGUUGCCCGUCUAUGACCUCAGACGGCUGCUGGGUGAAGGAUACCUAGCGAAGCUACGGGAGACUCCCAUAUUUCGCGACAGUUCGCUGUUUGUCUUGCGCAAGCAGCGAUCUAUACCUCUCCAGCUCUACCUCUGGAAGCUGCAGGCGUACAUCGCCGAACACGACGCGCCUGAGGACAAGCACUUGUCCGAACCAGAGUCUGCGGACGACUUAAUGCAUCAGCUUGCGACAGCGACUUCUCCGCUGCAGUCGGCCAAUGCGUCUUUACCGACGCGCAGAAAUCAUUCGCGGAAUUCAAGUCAGGCGAAAGACCGGGCUAUUCCAGGUCGCUCAGAACAAAAGGGCCACAAGUCCCCGCGGAACCCCAACAAUGUGAUUGACUCGAAGUCAUCUGCUCUCCAAAGCUCAGGCCGCAGAGACUCUAAGGGAGCGUGGCAAUCGCAAGCCGGCCUCAAGAAAGACUGGGCAGCGGCGGUUUCUUCGUCUGCCUCGGCUGUGCCAGGUCGUAAAGGGCUUUGA